AUGGGAGGUGAAAUAUGUGGAAGAAUGGGAAGUGGGCUCUGUGUAGGGUUGAGGAAUUCGUGGAGAAACAUGGAGAGAGGCCUCAACGAAGCCGUUUCGAGGAGCCGGGUCGGCAGAUACUUCAAGCUCGAAGCGAGGAAGAGUUGCUUCACGAGAGAACUCCGUGCGGGUACCGCCACUUUCCUCACCAUGGCUUACAUAAUUUCGGUGAAUGCCACCAUCCUCACCGAUUCGGGCGGGCGGUGCUCCGCCGCGGACUGCACCGUCCCCGGGAGCCCCGGCUGCACGCUGAAGCCCGACCCCGGCUACGAGAACUGCCUCAGCAAGACCCAAAAGGACCUGGUCGUGGCCACCAUUUUGUCGUCCAUGAUCGGUUCGUUGGCCAUGGGGUUAUUGGCCAACCUCCCCCUGGGGCUUGCCCCGGGUAUGGGCCCGAACGCCUACUUGGCCUACAACUUAGUGGGUUAUCAUGGAUCCGGGCCCGUCUCAUACCAGACCGCCCUUGCCGUGGUGCUCGUCGAGGGUUGCGCCUUCCUCGCCAUAGCCGUUCUCGGGCUCCGGGCAAAGCUCGCGAGGCUCAUACCCCAUCCGGUUCGACUGGCUUGCUCGGCGGGCAUCGGCCUUUUCAUCGCGUUCGUCGGCUUGCAACUGCACCAGGGCCUGGGCCUCGUCGGGCCUGACCCGUCCACAUUGGUGACCGUCACGGCCUGUGCAACCACAAAUCCGGAGACCGGUGAGUGCAUUGGAGGCAAGAUGGGGAGCCCCACAUUUUGGCUGGGCUCAGUUGGGUUCCUGGUAAUUUCUUUGGGGCUGAUUAAAAAUGUCAAAGGCAGCAUGAUCUAUGGCAUUGUUCUUGUGACAGUCAUCUCUUGGUUUAGAGGCACCGCCGUUACAUACUUCCCACACACCGCGCUGGGUGACGAAAGAUUCAAUUAUUUCAAGAAAGUUGUGGACUUUCAUAAAAUUAAGUCCACGGCAGGCGCCAUAAGCUUCGCGAAUUUCAACCAGACCGAAGUCUGGGUGGCUCUAAUAACACUACUGUACGUCGAUGUCCUCGGUAUCACCGCGGCAUUGUACACGAUGGCCGAGCUCGGGGGCUACGUUGAUGAUCGGGGCGGCUUCGAGGGAGAGUACUUAGCGUACAUGGUCGAUGCCGGCGCCACCGUAGUGGGGUCAUUGUUAGGGGUCUCGCCGAUCGCAACGUUUGUGGAGUCGUCAGCGGGGAUAAGGGAGGGGGGUCGGACCGGGCUGACGGCGGUGAUUGUUGGGCUCUAUUUCUUGGCAUCACUGUUCAUCACACCCCUGUUGAGCAGUGUCCCUCCAUGGGCCAUAGGCCCAUCACUGGUCACGGUCGGGGUGUUGACGAUGAAGGUGGUGAGGGACAUAAAUUGGGAGAAUCUGAAGGAGGGAGUGCCUGCAUUUGUGACCAUCAUUCUCAUGCCCUUGACCUAUUCAAUAGCCAAUGGGAUCAUUGGCGGGAUUGGGGUUUACGUUGCUCUAAGCUUGUACGACAUUGUGAAGGGGGUUGUUGGGGGGUUGAUGAAGAUGAGGAAGAUGGUGGUCAAGGAGCAAAAUCAAGUGUCGGCAUCGGCUGGCGGGGAAGCGGAAGCGGAAGCCGCCCACGAAAUGACCUGAAUCUGUAAAGAUGUUUCUUCGGAUGGACUGUUGGAUGGCUGUGGUCGUGAAAGUGAAGAUGGGGAUUAGAUGCACGAGUUGCCAUGAGAGAGAAGAGAGCAAAAAAGGAGCUAGUCAUGCACACACAAAAGGCUUGGCCUCUUGACAAUAUCAGUGCCUUUCAAGGCAACUCUUGCAUGUA